CGUAACUAGACUUUACCAUUUGUGUAGUUGAUGACUGUUAGAGUGAGUGAAACACCUCAAUUGUAAAGCGAAAAAUAUAAGAGCUGGGUUGUGCUAGAUUAAAUCUUUUUUAACUGUUUCAAUUGUAAUUAACAUCUACUCCUACAAAUUAACUCACCGUUGACCAGCAACAAAUUUGAUCAUCUAAAAUGACUACUAAAGAAGAUGAAUAUGAUUAUCUAUUUAAAGUUGUCUUGAUUGGUGACUCUGGAGUUGGAAAAAGUAACCUUCUUUCCCGUUUCACUCGUAAUGAAUUUAAUUUAGAAAGUAAAUCAACCAUUGGCGUUGAGUUUGCAACUCGAAGUAUCCAAGUUGACAAUAAAACCAUUAAAGCCCAAAUAUGGGACACUGCUGGACAAGAAAGAUACCGGGCCAUCACCAGUGCUUAUUACAGAGGUGCAGUUGGUGCUCUUUUGGUUUAUGAUAUUGCCAAACAUUUGACUUAUGAAAACGUUGAAAGAUGGCUUAAAGAGUUGAGGGAUCACGCCGAUAACAAUAUCGUUAUAAUGUUAGUUGGUAAUAAAAGUGAUUUACGCCAUUUACGCGCAGUGCCUACUGAUGAAGCUCGUGCUUUUGCCGAGAGGAAUAAUCUUUCAUUUAUUGAAACAUCAGCCCUAGACUCGACUAAUGUGGAAGCCGCUUUUCAACAGAUUCUCACCGAAAUAUAUCAUAUAGUAUCCCAAAAACAGAUACGCAAUGAUGGCGACGGUGAUCCUUCUCCAUCAGAGAACAUUAGGCCAAUUAACAUUCCUCCAACGGAUCCUUCGGACCAAAGGAAAAAAGCAUGCUGUCAAACAUGAGUGUAUAAAUGUAUUGCCUAAUUCAAGAUGUGUAUUAGAGGGAGAGAAAGGUAACGAGCGAAAGAUUAAAUAUUUGUCUUUGUGUUUGUAUGUGUGAGUGUAUGAGCGGGAGAGAGAAUUCGUAUUUAUGUAAGAAAGACAUUUCAAAAAAAAAUGAAAAGUAUGAGUUGGAAAUUAAUCAUCAACAAAGAGAUGUUUUGUUAAAAUAAUAAGCUAAAAUCAGAAAAGAAUAACAGAAAAAAAAGUUGAAUGAAAAACAGAAAGUGAAGAGCUUUGGUGUUCAUUGAAUGAUUAUUCGUAUUAUAUGAUAUAAGUAACAAACAAACCAAAAGCGAAUGCUUAUGAUUUCAGGCGAAAGUAGUUUAAUAAAACGCCUCAAUCAAAUCGAUUUUUUAAUGAAACAAAAAAUAGUGAAAAGACUCAAACUCCGGUGUUCACAAUUUUUAAUCAUCGUCAAAACUCUAAUUUAUCUUCGAUGAAUUUUUUUCGGGAGUAAAUGUAUGGUUUAUACUUUUUGACUAUUUCCUUCCUUCGUUUUCUUUCUGUUUUAAUUAGCCAUUUAACUUCGGGUCAACCUGUCAGUCAAUUAUGGUUGUCAUAAUAAUUUCAACUUUGUAGUUUCUUAACCAUCUGUCAACUAAAUACUGAUUAUCUUUUUAUGAUGCAACUAAAUCAUCUUUAAAACUCUGGAA